AUUAGUCAGUUCAUAUGUCAGAGGAUUCCCAUGUUGGGAGACGCAAUAAAACUCAUCGAUGCCACUUGGUGGAGGCAAUAAAACUCGUCGAUGCCACUGGGUGGAGGCACUUCUUGGAUCUCCUUGAGCAGGUCAGCAGGACAACACUGAUAAGAGAGGGGAGCUUUUUGCAACUUAGAUCUUUUAAGUUUAUAUUGAGGGUUUUUUUUUCUGACCCUUGGGUGCCAAAGAACAAUUUUUUAUAUGAAUUUUAAUCCUAUACAUUUUCAAUAUAACUAACUUUUUUCCUGGUCUGAUUUUUUCCUCUCCAAAGCUCAGUGACGAUUUGGCUUGCUGUCCAGAGUCUCAGUAAUUGACCAGCUCGCUGCUUUGAAGAUCAGAGCUCCCUCUAGAGGAAGAAGAAAACACUGCACUUCACAUGGAGUUACUGCAACCACAUGAUGCUGAAGAUAUAGUUUUCAAACAUGAAAAAGAUCACUUCAGAAUUCCGGCUCUUCUUUACAUUGAGAAAUGGAAGAAAUACCUGGCGUUUGCUGAGAGGCGCACCUCUACUGCAGAUCACCAUGCCAGGCGUCUGGUGAUGAGCACAGGCACCAGGGACACAGACGGAAAAGUGAAGUGGUCUUCCAUUACGAACUUGGAGAAAGCGACUAAAGCUGGCUACCGCAGCAUGAGCCCCUGUCCAGUCUUUGAGACAAACACAGGGACACUGUUUCUCUUCUUCAUCUGCAUUGAGGGCAGCAUCUCAGAGAACAGCCUCAAGCCAGAGCAAACCUGCUUGUGUUAUGUCACCACCCAGGAUGAGCAUUUGGGGGACGAGUCCUGGAGUAAAUUAAAAGAUGUGACUGAUGAUAUAGUGUUUGCUGAUAAUAAAAAGCUUUCAGAGUACCAAACCUUUGCAGUGGGACCAGGACACGGCAUUGAAGUGGGAGUGGGGACCAGCAAUGACACAAGGCUGCUGAUUCCAGCCUAUGUUAAAAUGAGCAAAGACGAAAGCCAUGCUUUGGUUUUCUACAGUGACGAUGGGGGAGAACACUGGCAGGCAGGAAAUCAGCUGUUUGAUAAGUCAGGUGAGUGUCAGGUGGCGCAGGUUCGAGGCGUUGAGGACACGGAGCUCUUCCUCUACUGCAACGCUCGCAUGCUCGGUGGAGAAAAUGAGGAGGUUCCACGUUUGGAGGCACUUAGUGACGACACAGGGGCAAGUUUUACCAAACUGCAGAGUCUGUCUCUGAAGGAGACGCCCCACGGCUGUCAGGGCAGUGUGCUGGGCUUCCCUGCUACAGGCCUCGAUUCCCCCAACACAUGGCUGCUGUUCAGCCACCCGACCAAGGGGCUUGGGUGGACAAGGAGGGAUCUGGGCAUCUACCUGAGAAUGUCUCUUCAGGACGGGGGCAACAGGGACUGCAGACCCUGGGGUGAGCCCUUUAUCAUUCACCCGGGAAAAAGUGGCUACUCUGACCUGGCCCAGUGUGAGAAGAAGGAUCGCUUUGCCUGCCUGAUGGAGUGUGGAGAGGCCAACCCGCUACAGAUCGUCUUUAAGGAGUUUGCUCUCAGCGAGAUUCUCUCUUCUCCUGACAGCCAAUGCUGUGUUUGUGGCAGUUCCUGUUGUUGCUGCAAGUGCUGCAUCAUGUGAAAUAUCUUCACACACAAACAAGUAUCCCCUUAAAUCAUUAUCUUUGAAUACCUAUAUAACA